CGUUGGGUGCGAGUGUCGCGCUGCUGCUAGAUGGCAUUCGUGUGCGCCUGCGCCUGUGUACGUGCGCGUGUGUAACUACUCCCACCACGUCAUCCACGCUCUACCACUACCGUUAGUAUCCUCAUCGUAGUCAUUCCAAUACCAACAACCAACCAACAGCACCACCACUCGCACAUUAUCCUGUGUCUGCUGCUUUUGCUACUCUCUACCAUCAACAUCAGUUACCAACGUACACAAAGAUACGUUCGCGUUUGUGUGAUACAAGAUCGUACGCGAAUCGACGGACAGGGACACACACCGUGGAUAUACAGAGAGUGUAUACACACAGCACGGAUCCAAUAGAGAGCGCGCCUGAAGAGGAACAGGGACACAGAUUGUACCGUCAGUGCGAAAGGGACGGACCUAAGAGAGCAAGCAAGACAGAUAUUGGCCCCAACAGCCUCUCACUAGACAGUAUUACUUUCAACCGUUUAGCGGGGCCAAUGCUACCCGGCGCGGAGUAGUCAGUCAGCCGAGCAGUCAGAGUCAGCCGUCCGCGAAUACCGAGAGGACGCUCUCUCUUCGUUCACGAGUAUCGUCGUCGACGAUUAUCCACGCGACGAUUUCUCAAAUGUUUUAUCAUCAUCAUCAUUGUCCUCGAAGCUUCUGUUGCUGCCGCUUCUGUCACCGCCGACGUGAUCAAUGUCCUCGUCAAUUCUAUUAACAGUUCGUGGUCGUGUUAUACCAUCGUCAGUACAUUUGUGACAGACUGUGAGCCGCACGCGAGUAAUACGCACAACCGGUGGAUAUAUAUAUAUAUGUAAAGUUUACGGAAGUGUGUGAGAGGAAAAAAAGGAGAAGACGUGAACGAAAGAAAUAAAAUAAACUUUAUAACAACGAAACAAGAAAAGAAGAAUAAGGAAAAAGAAUGAAAGUACAUAGUUUUUGUAUACCACAGAUAGUUUGAUAUUCGUUUUCGGCAAUUACGAUACGAUUACAUUAUUAAAUAUAAACGUGAUUGAAAACGACUCAAAGAGACAAAGUUGUUUGAUAAAGUUGUUGCCGCUGGAGUCGCAAGGACACAACACCGGUGUCGGCCACGAGCAGUGAAGUUUUACCCUCUCUCACGACACGUCCAAGUCGCACGCGCGUGUAACACUCUGGUGAAUUCCGCACGUCCAGUCUGAGUCGCGCGGACCGCGUUCUCGCUUGUUUUGUCGUUGUUAUGACGAGGUGAUGAAUAGACGAAAGCGUUGCAGUGCCGAGCAGCGUGGUGACCGUGCUCGUCGUCGUGACGGACGAUGACGAUAAAUGUAGACAGUUUCCGUGGACGCAGAGAAGUGUGCUCAUUGGUGUGAUCUAGUGUUUUAUUUCUUGUAAUAUUCCAUUUACCACAAGAAAGAAUUGGAUUAUAACGUGAACAAGGUGUAUCGACCGAGGAUAAUGCGCCUCUGUGUCAUCCUUUAGUAGCAUCCCGGUUUUCGUUGAAACGCCUAUAUCACGCGACACAAGUUUGUCGUUUUCGUUGGAACUAGCUUCAAGAAAACCAUCAACAACGGCGGCAAUCGGCGUUGGGGUGCAGCCCGUGUUAUCAUCCAGCUAUCAUAACACGGUGCCACCCCAGAACGGGGGUGGUGGUUCGACAUUUAGUGCCGCGGCGAUGGUGGCAGCUGCCACCGCUACGGCCACCGCCACUGCUAGCGUGGUGGCCAUGCAGGACCGCCAAGACAUCCCCUCUCAAUUUAAUCAGAUGCAGAGCCAACAUGGAAUACCCCAUCAAACUUACAACGCUGGGUACGCCCAAAGAGGACCAAUGGCCGGAAUGGGGCCAGUCGGGAUGAGCAACUUUAAUAGCAUGGGCACGAUGAGCCCAAUGCACUCUAUGAAUUCCAUGAAUUCGAUGAACAGUAUGAAUGGCAUGAACUCGAUGAAUCCUAUGUCGAUGGGUGGUAUGAACGGUAUGAAUGGUAUAAACGGAAUGACCCCCAUGAGCUCUAUGAGUAACAUGGGUAAUAUGGGCAUGAACAAUAUGAUGGGACCUAACAACAUGCAAAUGAACAAAAUGAGCAUACAAGCUCAACCUCAUCAAGGCUAUCCAAGGAGACUAGCGCCUUAUCCAAACCCCGCGAUGCAUAUGGCGCAAAAGAGGCAACAGGGCCCGUACGCGGGUCCUAACCCGGCUGCAAUGCAGCCAGCCUUCAGCGGCAUGUCGUCGUCACAGUAUCCGACCAAUUACCCUAGUGCAGCGAGACCGAAUUUUCAACCUCAAUACCAACCUAUGCAGAGUAUGAAUCCGUCGGCUGCUGGCUUUGGACCUAAUUCUAUGAUACGGAGUAAUAAUAUGAGGCAAACUGCGCCUUCAUAUAACACCGCUAAUCAGGCUACUAGUAACCAAUAUUACGGUAGUAACGGUAUACCGGUUAGUAUGGGACCUACGACGGUUGGAAAUCAAUUCGUUGGUCAUCAACCAAACUCAGGAUACGCCGGUAGCGCGUCUUCAUAUGGUGCAACUGGUGCUGCAACCAGUCAAUAUCAACAAGAUGUUGCAUCGAUGAGAACGACAGGCGCGGGGAACUUAAAUUACCAACACAGUCCUAUUCCCGGUAAUCCGACUCCACCAUUGACACCAGCCACCAGUAUGCCUCCUUACAUUAGUCCGAAUCCGGAUAUUAAGCCUAAUUUCAACGAAAUGAAGUCACCGGUUAAUAUUCAGAAGGAUGAUGAGUUAAGAUUAACAUUCCCCGUGAGGGAUGGCAUUAUUCUUCCACCCUUCCGCUUAGAACAUAAUCUGGCUGUAAGCAAUCAUGUUUUCCAACUGAAAUCCACGGUACAUCAAACGUUGAUGUGGCGAUCUGACCUGGAACUGCAACUCAAGUGUUUCCACCAUGAGGAUAGGCAAAUGAACACGAAUUGGCCAGCGAGCGUGCAAGUUUCUGUAAACGCUACGCCGUUAGUUAUUGAUCGUGGUGAGAAUAAAACAUCUCAUAAGCCUUUAUACCUGAAAGAUGUUUGUCAACCUGGAAGAAACACGAUACAAAUUACUGUAUCGGCAUGUUGUUGUUCUCAUUUGUUCGUGCUUCAAUUGGUUCAUCGCCCAAGUGUGAGAAGCGUACUUCAUGGCUUGUUACGUAAAAGGCUACUAACGGCGGAGCAUUGUAUUACUAAAAUUAAACGGAAUUUCAAUAAUACUAUUUCAAAUAACGGUAUACAGUCGGAAAAAGAUGUCGUAGAGCAAACAGCACUUAAGGUAUCCUUAAAAUGUCCUAUUACUUUUAAACGUAUUACACUGCCAGCUAGAGGACACGACUGUAAACACAUUCAAUGCUUCGAUUUGGAGUCAUACCUACAGCUAAAUUGUGAACGAGGCGCUUGGCGAUGUCCUGUAUGCUCAAAACCUGCACAAUUAGAAGGUUUAGAAGUUGAUCAAUAUAUGUGGGGCAUUUUGAGCACUCUAAACACUGCAGAAGUAGAAGAAGUUACGAUAGAUUCGAUGGCAAAUUGGAAACCAGCAAAGAAUUUAACUACUGGUAUAAAAUCUGAAGAAGAAAACGAUUGUAAGAGAAUGACAAAGGCAAUGUCACCUGGAAGUAUGAACAUGCCUACUAUGAAUAAUUGGGAUAUGAAUCAAGCAAUGAGUCCGUAUAUACCACCUGAUAUGAGUAGCAUCGUAAGCGGCUCUAUGAUGAAUAAUACACCAACUACGUACGGAAAUAAUAACAUCAAUCAUCGGAAUUCGUCGGGAGGAUCUUUCGAUAUUAAUUCCGGAGCGAACACGAAUACCAAUAAUGAUUACACUAAUGGAACUGGGCCUCUUUCGCACUUAAAUGAAUCGGUGAACUCUCUAGAUCCUCUUAAUGCUAUGGAAAAAUCCCUCAACGAUCAAAUGCCCCACACACCUCAUACACCUCAUACUCCUCACACACCACACACACCAGGUGGUGGAAACAGUGGUCCACCAAGUGUUCCUCCUGCAUCCCAAGAAUCCACUGGGAACCUCAACACAUCUGGUAAUACGAAUACAAACAUAACCAACGAUACUGCAGAUAUACCAUCAGAUUUAAAUUUUGACCCAGCUGCGGUAAUAGAUGGCGAGGGUACAGGUCAAGAAGCAUUGAAUCUCUUGCCAGAUAAUGUUGUGGAUCCAAUGGAAUUACUUUCAUAUCUAGAUCCACCAGAUCUGAAUACCCCCCCUAGCAGCGGCGCUAGCAGUGGUAACCCCUCAUCAAGUGAUGAUAUAUUAGCACUUUUUGAAUAAAGAUAACGGGCACGUCGUAAGAGAAAUAAUCAAAUUGCGACCCUGACAUUAAGAAAGAAAACUAUAUCGGCAGGUUUACAUCCUACUACAAAUAUAUUUCUAAUCGAAUGAAAAUACUUGCAGUGAGCAAUUUCAAAAACGUAUUGGGGUCACUGUUGGGUGCUCUCACCUAAUUCAAUGGUACAAAAAAUCUUAGCUCUAAUUAUAAUAUUCCUAUCAACAAAGUUAGGGCAUAUUAUUAGAUUUAAAAACGAUGACUUUUAAUUAAUAGGCGAAACAAAGCACCACGUUGUAGUGUGCUUGUUUGUAAAGAUGUUAUUGCAUGGAUUAUGUUUAGUCCUUUGAUAUUGGAAAUAUAUAUUUCCAAUAGUAACGCGUUCUAUAACAUUGUGCCGGGCAUAUGUUCCAGAACUAAUCAUCGCAAAUAUACCACAAUUAUAUUAAUUGUGUUCAAAAAACAAUGGUAAUCCAAUUUUUUAAUAUUGAAUAUAGAAUAAUGUUUUGCACAAAGGGUUUUACAUAUAUAUUAAUAUUAUGGAAAAAUGUUCAUCUGAUACAAUAAAUGUGCAAUACGAUCAACAUAUUUACAUAUGUACAUUUUAUACACAUUACCAUUUAUCUAUUUUUUCAUUCCAAAAUAAGUUUUUAUAGAGACAAUAUUCAGGAAAUUUACCACAGGAUAUAGAAUUAAUUAAUAUUAUGUUUGGUACAAUAAAUUGAUAACCUUUUAUUAAUAGAUUUUAAAAAAUCGUAUAGCACAUUUAUACAAUUUUAUAUUGAAAACGUGGACUUCUGAGGUUAAUGUGUACAUAACAUUGGAAUAUGAUUUUAGAAACCUUAUAUUAAUAUGUCAUUGAAAAUUAAACUAAUAUUAAUAAAUUUAUGAUUUUGGAAUAUUUGCUUGACAAAAUGUGCUGUGGUAUUUCAAAGACUUCACUUUGAAGCUUUCCCUGCAAUACAAUCUUUACCUCAGAACCGGUCUACUCGCAUUCAAGGCUAUGAUGGACCUACAUCACAACAGAAUUACGAUUGUACAGUAACUUUUGUAAAUAAGUUUUAAUCGAAAAAAAAAAUAGGUAAGACAUUCAUCUGUUGUGAAUUACCCUGCUUAUUGAUGGAUAUAGCGCAUAUAGUGUUCCUUUCCUUUAGAUUAGAUGAUUAGUGACAACAGAUGAAACAGAAUCGAGGGCAUAUCGGGCUUCACACUGGGAAUUAUAUUUGGUAUGGUGUAUCUCUUGAGCUUUUAAAAGAAAUACGUAAUUCAGAAAUAUUUAAGUUACGCCGGAUGAAAUAUAUUACUUCGCUUUUUAAGCAAAUAAUUUUUAUUUAAAAAUCUAUACAUUGAUAUUGAAUUUAUUGGCGAAAUGUUACUUACAUUGUUACUUUGAUAAAUAUUAUGUAUAUAAAUUUAACAAACAAAAAGAGAAAAUACAUAGGAAAAUAUCUUACUUUUUUUUUUAAAUGAUAGAAAUUUUUCAAAUUUUUUUGAAGAAAUUUAUCAAGAUGUAAUAAUGAAACACAUAAUCGAUGAAAAUAACAAGAUAUUUUUAUAACACAAAAUCUCUAAAGAUACAUCAAAACCUAUAUACCUACAUAUACAUAUGUUUAUAUAUAUAGGAUUUAUUUUCACAUUUUAAUAUAGAAUUAUAUUAAUAAUUAUGUUAAUAAAAACAAAUGUAUCAUUUUAGUUAUUAUUUUUAUUAAAAGCAGGAGAAACUUUGUAAUAUUAAAACAAUUAGAUUAACAUUGACCUAAGUUUAUAUAAAAGGAAAGACAGGUAAUAAAUUAUAUUACACCAAAUGUUUAGAUGGAAUCAACUUUUACAUGGAAUCAGUAUUAGAAAAUAAAUUCUAUAUAACAGAAUUAGCACAAAUUCUCAAAGGAACUGAUUUUUCGUUCAACGAAACUUCAGAUUACGAUUAUAUGUAUAUAACACUACUGCCAGAGUGAAACCGCCCAUGGCCCCCAGCUUGUGUAGUAGUUAUGACAUUUAUAUCUUUUGUGAUUUAAAAAGAAGAUAUACUUACAAUGAUUCAUGUAGGUUAUACAAAUUUUAUAUAAAAAUGUAUUUAUAUUCCAGUGUGCAACAAUAGCGCACACUGACGGAUUAGAUGCGGUCAAGUUUCUAUUCAUAUAAAUAUUAUAAUAUUAUUGAAAAUAGGAUAAUAAUAAUACUUACAUUAAGCGAGAUUAUUGUAUAUUACUUGUAUAUAUGAUAAAUAGAUUAAUAAUAUAAGAAAAGUGGCAAAUACUUAUUGGCCAGUUAUAAUAUUAAAAUAAUUAUCUUAUUUCUCAGAACCAAAACAUACAAGCGUUGUAUGAGAAUACUUUAAAACUAGAAAAUAUAACAUGUAAAUGGAUACAGGAUAAUAACAGUUCAAAUACUGCACUGUUAUUUCUAAUAGAAUUAUUACUUACUUAUUAAAGACAUAAUUAUCAAAAAAAGUUUAUUCAAAUUGUAAGCUUUACUUAGGAUUGCCAGAAAGUAGGCACAUGCAACGUUGUUGCAAUUGUAUAUAGGCAAUGUCUACCUAUACCUACUGAAUAAUAUCCUAAAAUACAUGAUACACGGUCUUGGUUUACAAGUUGUAGAGCUUUAUAAAUAUCUGCACAAAAUUAUAAGUUUUCGUGAAAAUAUUAGAAACAGUAAAAUGUUAAAAGAGAAUCAAAGCUUACUGUAUUAUUAUUGACUAAUUUUUAACAAUUAAGUCAUAUACUUCCUGAUAAAUUUUGCUCAUCUAAAAAUGAAUAAUUUUAUGAAAAAAUUUUAUGAAAACUGAAAAGAUCUAACUUUUAGAAAGAAAUAUUACUAGUAAAUAAUAGAGAUCACAUUUUAAAUCUUGAAUAUGGAACAUUAAAUUACCUAUUUGCAAUAUCGUUUAAAUUCAGUUCAGAUUAUUAUAAGUCUCUACAACUUAAUGAUUAUAUACCUGUUUAUCUAUUGUUAGGAGGCCUAUGAUUUGAUCCUACAGUGCGCCACUGAAAACUUAAAUGAUCAAAUGUCAUGUGUGUUGUUUUGUCCAAGACCUGAAAACUUCAUUAAAAAAAUAAAAUAUUUUCAUGUAAUAUGACACAGCUGUACCUACUUAUGGCACAUUGAACAUAUUCAAUGGAUCCAACAAAGCUUUAGAGCUUGUUGAUAAGCAUUUAAGAAUAAUUAAUAAUUUCAUUUUGUUGUUAAGUUACAAUGCGUAUUAUUUUAAAUUUAUUAAAAAUUUAAUGUAGCUUAGAUGAUCAGUUUUAAAUACUAUAUAACAUUUAUAGAUAUUCAUAACUUUUUAUUAUCCACGAAAACUGGACAUGGACCAAAUUUUGAUUAUACGCGGGAUUUAUAGAAAUCGAUAAAUUUCGGAAAUAAUAAGUGUUCGUAUAUUUUGAGUAUCUAAAAACAUUAAAAGCUGUGCAGAUUGCUUUAACAUAAUUUCACAUAUUUAACAAUAAGACAAAUGUGUUUUAAGCAUUGCCAAAGAGAAUAAAAAUUGAAACUAUAAAAUAACCCAACGAACUUAGUUUACAUACAAGAUUAUACUUUUGGUAGAAUAAGAAACGGUCACAAGUUUACUAGUCUGCAAUUAGAAUUAACGAUUUCUCGUCUUUGGAUAGGUAUUCCGCCCCAUUGUAGUAAAAGUUAAUGUUAUAAUACGAUAAAUACAAGCAUAAGUUAAAUAAUUUAAUUGAUUAAAAUAGUGAUUUAGAGGUGGAAAAAUGUCAAGUUCCUCUUUAAAUCAGUAAAUUAUGUGGCUCGACUUUUAUUCUACCAGUAACAAUGUUUUUAUAUCAAUAAGAUUUUUAUAAAUCUACUUGCGAUUACUACCCGAAAUUUUUCAUAAAUCAUUCAAAAAUUUCCUAAAUAAGUCAUAAUGAUGUUACAUUAAUCGAUACACAAAAUAUACGUAUUUAUCACAGUCGCCAUAAGUGAUUGGUACAGGUUUGUGUAAAAAUAAAAAGUAAUACAAAAAGUGUACGUUACGAAAAAAACACUGAUAUCAUUGGUUACAUUCAUGUAAAAAAUUUUAAUACACAAAGACCAGUUUAUAAUAUGUAUGACAGACACCGCAUUGUUUCUCGAUAACAGUUAGAAACAUUCAAUAAAAAAGUCAUAAAAUAUUGAA